AUGAAAUAAAGAAAAAAAGAAAAAGUAGCAUAUCACAUUUGCUUUGAAAGUGAAAAAUAAAAUUCUCAAGAAUUAAUAACUAAAGGCAAGCAGCUAAUCAAUCAAAUCCCAAACAUUAAAAUAGUGAAUUCAAUUUUGUAGAAAUAUUUUGGCUAUAUAAUCUAACCAAAACCUUUUUAGAAAUUGAAAAACCCUAAAAUUAAACAUAAAACCGACUUACAUUCAAAUCUUUAAUACCUUGAAAAACUUAAAGCUACUCAUUUUGAUAGAGAAUUAAUUCAAGAGAUUAAAAACAAAGAAGCAAAUUUUUCACCUUCAUCAAUACAAUACAGGAAUUGCUUAACCUUGACCUCUGAGUUUAGAGACCAUAAUGUUCUUGAGUAUAUUUUUGAGGAAAAAUUAAGAAGAUUAGAGUGGAAAUGCUGUGCAGGCACUAGCAAAUUUCUAGUUUAAGAGUUUACUGAAAAGGAUUUAUAUUUAAAUGAUCACACAGGUGUUUAGCAAUUAAUUAAAUAAAAUGAUAGGUUCUAUUUAAAGCAUCUCUAUUCUGUAGAAGUAGUAAAGAAUGAAAAAUCAGUUUCUAAAUAUUCGAGUGCUGAUUAAAUAAAUCAAAUUUUAUAUGAAUAAGCUUUUGAUAGAUUAUACAUUUUGACAAAUAAAUAAUUAAAAACAGAGGACACAAUUUUGUAAUAGUUCUCUAGCUAAUAAGCUGAGGCUUUUUGGAUUUAAUCUAUUGCUUUACAUAAGAAUCCCUUUUUAUUAUUUUUGUAAAGUUAAAAAGAACUACAGCUCUUUGAUUAAAGGAAAUAAAAUACUAAUGUGCUUGUUCCAAUUGAUGUACACAAUUUACUCACAAAUAGAAUAUAUGCUGUCCAUUAAUUUUAAUAAAGUCAAUAUAUAGUCUUAUCUACUAAUACUGAUCUUCAGUUUUAUGAUUUAAGAAAUUUAAAAAAUCCAUUCAGCACAUAAUAACAUGGAUGUAUGGAAACUGGCAUAUCUUAGUUUGUGAGUAUCAGUGAUCAAACUAUAAAUUUUGAUGAUCUUUUUGAUCAAGAUGAUUUCUAAUUAAACAGGAAUAAAACUUAUUCUAAUGCAGAAAGUGUAAUUGGUUAUUCAAAUAUUGGAAAUUCAAUUUUUAUCAAUUUUGAUUGUGGAUUAGUCACCUAAGUAAAAACGAACCUCCCAAGUUUAAGAAUGUGUACAAAUUUAUUAAUUGAUAAUUCUCUUCAAUAUGGUACAAGUGACUUGACAUAAAAUGGAUUCCCUAUGCUUAUUGGAAAUAGUUAGAUAUUCUCCAAAAGAUUAAAAAAUCGAGGGUUUUAGUAUAUCUAUCUUGAUAAGAAAUAUUUUAUCUUUUCUUUAGAUAAGCAAGGAGGCUUGGGAUUAUAAAUUCUGGAUUCUUAUUUCGAUCCAAUACCUAUUAAUUAAUAGUCUAAGGAUAUUAAUGAAAUUUUAAUGGUUGAAAGCUCAGAAAAGUAGGAUGUUAACAGAUGUUCAAAUGAUUAUGACUCAAUUUUUGAUGAAUUUCAGGACAUUUAAGAUUCUGAUUUAGAAUUGGUAGAAAUUCAAGAACUGUUGCCAAAAGUUAAAAAAGUGAAGUUGAGUAACUUUGCGGUUGAAGAAUUUAAUAUUUCUGAAGAGAAUGGUGAUGAAGGAGUUCAAUUCGAAGAUGAAAUUCUGCUUGAGAAGGUUGAAAAGGAGAAUUAAAAUGAGAGCAUAGCUUAGUUGAAAUAAAAUCAAAAUUUCGUUUUGACUUAAGACAUAAUUAAUUAUAUGCUUAAAUAGAUAUGA